AUGCCUUUUGAUCAAGUCGAGUUUAUCACACUUUUGACCGACUACUACGAGUUUUGCAAUCGAGUAUUCUGGGAUAACUCGGUCGUUGCCGAAGCUCCCAACAAUGGCUGGUCAUCCAUUACAAAAUCCACCAUGGCCAACCUGAACAAGACUGAUGCAGUCAUCGAUUUGCUUCGCCACCUACCUUUUGUGGACUUUGUUGAGCCCGACAAAGCCUACGGCAAACAUGUCAUCAUGGUGAACACAAGGAUCCAGGAUUACCGCAGCGAUGCGAUGCAGAAACGGAUCCGCGACGGGGAUCUCGAAUACCACGUUGAACCUAUAGGCGAUCCCUUACCGCCGUCAUGUAUCUCCUUCGGUAACAGCAACGGGCGUAAUGGCUACAAUCUCGUGAUCAAUACGGCCGAUGGCUACGUCUACUGGGGGGAUCCUAACGGUCAGCACGACGAGCCAGCGCCAGAGCUUAAUGCCGUGGUGCAAGAGCGUUAUGCCGGAAACGAAACGGAGCGUUGGCGGGAGGGCUUCAACGUUUAUCGCCCACGCGAAUUUUUUGCGCUCUGCAAGCAACGAUUCCGCGAGCUUCGCUGGAUCGGUCUCCAGACGGAUAUCGUUGAGGUGGUACCGAUGUACUGGGACUUUGAUGACAUGGACGACGAGUUCAAUGCGCUCGUGCGCAAGAUGAGAAGCGCCGGGUGGCCGGGAGAUGGGCAAGGACGGGACUGGGACCGAGAGGCAUUUCGAGCGGCGCUCGAUGUGUAUAGCGAUGAAGAGGACGAAGAUGCUGUAGAGGCGGCGACAGAAGCGCUAGACGGCACUCACGUUCACUAG